UCCAUAAACCAGCAUGGCGUCGCACCCACCUCACGCUCGAAGGCCAUCGGGCAUGGGUCCAUCCGCGCAGGGCAUGGUAGGCCUGCAUCCAAGUCAGGUGGCUCAAGCCCAUGCUCACGCUCAAGCACAGGCACAAGCGCAAGCACAGGCGCAAGCUCAAGCUCAAGCGCUUGCAGCCGCACAGCAGCAGGCUCAGACGAUGCGCAAGCGUGCUCAGUCAGACAACCUGCUGGGAAGCGGCAUCCGUGGGGCCAAGCGCGGACGCCCCACUACGCGCGCUCUUCCACUAAGCGUGACGAGGAGCAUCCCAGAGAGCGCUGUCUACGCCGACCUGGUCCGCGUCGAGCGCGGCCUCGACUGGACAGUGGCUCGUAAAAGGGCUGAGGUGCAGGAUGCCCUCGGGCGCAACUCAGCAAAGCAGCGGAGGACACUGCGAAUCUUUCUCAGCAACACCUGCGCCAAUCAGUCAUGGCAAGUCGACGAUGCCAAUAGGAGAAGAAGAGCAGCAAAGUCGUCGGGCUUGACGGCGACCAAGGCAAAGACUGGCGAGGGCGAUGGAGACGGCGAGGGUGCGGACGCAGAUGCAGAAAUUGAGGAUACUGAGGGAGAGAAUCAAGCAGACGGCAGCGUCGAAGCCGCCAAGGCCGGAGAAGAGGAGGCAGCCUCGGGGGACGAGGCAGAUGCAAUUCCCUCAUGGACCUUGCGCGUCGAGGGUCGCCUCCUCGAGCCCACCUUCCGAUCCAGGGCCAAUGCGGCACAAUCCCUUCAGGCCGCACAGCAACGAGUGGGGGCAAACAAAUUCAGCAACCACAUCCGUUCCGCCGUUGUCGAGCUGCUUCGUGACCCGGCGCUGUAUCCCGCAGGUGAAAACAUUGUAGAAUGGCAUCGGCCGACGCCCACGGUGGCUCCCCACAGUGCCAGCGCGCCCGUGGGCGGCGAGACAGCUGCGCCAGGACUAGGCAGUGGUCUGGAGGCACCCAUUGUCGCCUCUUCAGAGCCGGCACUCGAUGGUUUUGAGAUUCGACGGACCGGUUCAAUCCCUGUCAAGGCUCGGAUUGUCCUCUAUCUCAACCAUGUUCCCGAGCGCUAUGCCCUGUCUCCAGAGCUGGCUGGCUUGCUCGACAUUCGAGAGGAGACACGUCAGGCCGUCGUAACGGCCUUGUGGGCUUACAUCAAGGAUCGCAAGCUCCUCUCCGAGGAGGAUCGGCGCCUUGUGGUUUGUGAUGACCCCUUGCGUUCUAUUUUCCGCACCGACAAGAUCGCAUUUCACCAUAUUCCCGAGGUCGUCAACCGCCAUCUGCAUCCACCCGGGCCCGUCGUUAUUGAAUACUGGAUCAGGACGGACACUGAUGAACACAAGCAUCCUACAGCCUACGAUGUCGAGAUCGAAGUCGAGGAUCAAGGUCUGCGCAAGGCCCAAGAAAAGGUCCUGGAGGGCUUCGAUGUGCGAGGCAAAGAAGUGGCGGAACUUGACGAUCGUAUCAGCCAAGCUGCGCAGACGCUUGCCAAUCGGAGCUCGACAAGAGAUUUCCUAGCGGCGUUUGCAAAGAACCCGCAGGCCCACAUCAAGACAUGGAUGGCAUCGCAGGCAAGAGACUUGGAUGCCAUCAUGGGCGAAGGCAUGUCCACAAGUAGCAACGGAGGCUUCAGCACAGAAGAGCUCAGACGAGCGCAGACAUUUCACGGUGCUUGGGUCAAUCAAGCCGUUAUCGUUCACGAAGCUCAGAGGACGGCCGAAAGGCUUCAGGCACUUCAGCAGCGCGAGAGUGCUCGCUCGGUGGCAAGCCAGGCGCCUCCGCAAGGGGUUGGUCCGCACGGGGGCAUGAUGCAUCCAAGCCAGCAGCAGCAGCAGCAGCAGCAACAGCAACAUCAUCCGCAGUACGCGGUAGCCCAGCAGCAGCAAAUGCGCCGAUAAUCGUCAUUCUUUGAUCUUUGUAUCUCUACUCACAGUCAGAAGUUAUGAGAAUGAUGAGGGUCGAAGAGUAGGCGUACGCCUUCGCUUGUUUCAACACUCUCUAAACUAAAAAUAUGAUCGCGUUUCCUAUUGCUCUCUUCUUGUAGGUCAUCAGCACAUUUCCAUAGAGGAACAUGAGGUCUUUUCGUGGACACGGUGGCGAUUGGAACGCUGCAUUGCACGCAGCUUAGAGGCAAGAUAGGACACGUAAUGGGCCUCUCGGCUAAGAGACGCACCGUAAGCGUCCAUCUGCCUUUAUUGUACUGCACAGUACGAUACUGUACUGUACUGUGCAUAGCCCUCCUUUGGGGCCAUGCGACAAGGCCUUGGCUCGCUCAAAUCCACUGCCCCUCGAGAGCCUGUGGUGGAUUCUCCUCUGCACUCAGUUGGAGUUCUUCCAGUACAUCGACCACGGAGAGCCUUUUGCCAUCUGCUUUAGCUGCUGUUUGGAGGGCU